AUGGGCCCUCUACGGCUUCGCAUUGAUGGUCGGACUUUCAAGGACUCGCACAAUAGAGAGAUUACAUUAAGAGGAAUAAACGUUGCUGGCGAAUGCAAAUACCCUAAGAGCCCUGAUACACCGUCCUAUAUCUCCGAUAACUUCUUCGACGCCGAUAACGUUUCCUUCGUCGGUCGCCCUUUCUCCCUUGACGACGCUCAUACACACUUUGCCCGGCUACGUAAAUGGGGUUACAAUACUUUGCGAUACAUCUUCACAUGGGAAGCGAUUGAACAUGAAGGGCCCGGGAAGUACGAUGAUGAAUGGAUAGCAUUCACUAUUGAGGUCCUGCGGAUCGCCAAGCAGUACCAAUUUUAUGUGUUCCUGGAUCCUCAUCAGGAUGUGUGGUCUAGACUAUCAGGAGGCUCCGGUGCGCCAGCCUGGACACUUUACGCGGCAGGCUUGAACCCGCGGACGUUCAAGAAGACCGAAGCUGCCCUUGUUCAAAAUACGUAUGAUGUCCCGGCUGAAUUCCCUAAAAUGAUCUGGAGUACGAACUACACCCGUCUUGUCUGUCAGACAAUGUUUACCCUGUUUUGGGGAGGUCGGGACUUUGCUCCGAAAGCGAUAAUCAACGGCAUGAACAUACAGGACUAUCUGCAAGGCCACUUCAUUGCAGCAUGUCGAUAUUUCGCCCAGAAGGUUCAUGAGGCUGGCGACAUUGAAAAUGACGUUGUCAUCGGGUGGGAGAGUAUGAAUGAACCCCAUCGUGGACUCAUUGGAGUACAGGACAUAUCCGUGAUCCCACCGGAGCAACAACUACAGCUCGGCACAUCGCCCACUGCUUUUCAAGCCAUGCUUACUGGCUCGGGGCGAGCAUGCGAGCAAACAACCUGGAAUUUUGGCAGCUUCGGCCCUCACCAGACUGGCAGAGAACUUGUAGAUCCUGAGGGUGAAUCUGCAUGGCUGCCAGCUGAUUAUGACGACCACAAAUACGGCUGGAAGCGCGAUCCCGAUUGGAAAUUAGGCGAGUGUCUUUGGGCCCAGCAUGGAGUUUGGGAUCCGUCGACGGACCAACUCCUUCAGAAGGAUUACUUUUCCAAAGUGCCGCAGACCGGAGAACCCCUGAAUUAUGAUAGGUUUACCAAUACGUAUUUUAUGGAACACUAUCGGGCUUACAGGGAUGCUCUCCGAAGCGUGUGGCCGGGGGCCAUCAUGCUGUGCCAACCGCCGGUCAUGGAAAUACCCCCGGACUUGAAGGGAACAGCCGAUGAUGAUCCUAAUAUGAUUCAUGCGGUACAUUAUUACGAUGGGUUGACUCUCUUGACGAAACAUUGGAAUCGGCUAUACAAUGUGGAUGUAAUCGGCGUUCUUCGAGGGAAGUAUCUGACUCCGGCAUUUGCCGUCAAGAUCGGAGAGACAGCCAUUCGGAAUUGCUUGCGCGACCAACUCAAAUUUCUCCGUGAUGAAAGUCUCAAGUACAUGGGGAACCAUCCGUUGAUUUUCACGGAGAUUGGUAUUCCCUAUGACAUGGACGACAAACAUGCUUAUAAAACCGGCGAUUAUAGCAGCCAAGUUAGUGCGAUGGAUGCGAACCACUUUGCCCUAGAAGGAAGCACGGGCAAUGGCUUCACGCUGUGGCUCUACACCACCACGAACAACCACGAGUGGGGCGACAACUGGAACGGCGAAGAUCUGUCCAUCUACUCCCUCGAUGAUCUGGAGCUGCCAAGUGGCAAGCUUCUGGCACUGGAGGGUGAAUCCCGAACGGACCCCGACCCUCGUUCACCCGCCUACUCGGAGAGUCAAGGCAACCCAGAGCAUCAUCAGGUUGGACCCGGUAAUCUGAAGGAUGCACUGGCCACACCGUCCAUCACAUCAGAAUACACCCAGCCCAACGCAGACAAAUUGGGCUUCCGAGCUGGAGAGGCAUUCAUCCGACCCAGCCCAAUCUACACCUAUGGAGAUGUCUCGAAGUAUGUUUUUGACCUUCGGAACUGCACAUUCACCCUAUCGCUGGUCGGCAGCAAGCGGAUCCUGGGAGAUGAGGUGGCAACGGAGAUAUACUUGCCGGAGUUUCACUUUCCUGAUACACAAACCGUCGUUUCGGUCAGCAGUGGAGAAUGGAGCAUCGACUACACGGAGAUCAACUCGAUCAAGGUGCAACGACUCCGCUGGUGGCAUAUGGAAGGGGAGCAGGAUAUCAAGAUUCAAGGUGUAAAGCGGAAACCCGGCGACCUAAGCAGUGUAUCGGCAGAUGAUCUGAGCUAUCUUGAGCAGUGCCAGAAGGGGGGUUGCACGGUGAUGUAG